AUGAACGAGACCGACCCCAAGAGCAUCAUCAAUCGGAUCUGCGUGCAAAUGACGAGGAACUCUCUGCAGGGUGUAGUGUUUGGUGAUGACACGGAUCAGGAGGCCAUCGCUCAGAUCCUGGACUUCAUCUCUGCCCAGACACAUAUUCCCAUCUUGGGCAUCAGAGGGGGCUCCUCCAUGGUUAUGGCGGCCAAGGACGACCAGUCCAUGUUUUUCCAGUUCGGACCGUCCAUCGAACAGCAGGCCUCCGUCAUGUUGAACAUCAUGGAGGAGUAUGACUGGUACAUCUUCUCUGUUGUCACCACCUACUACCCCGGGUACCAGGACUUCGUCAACAAGGUUCGCAGCACCAUCGACAACAGCUUUGUGGGCUGGGAGCUAGAGGAGGUCCUCCUGCUGGACAUGUCCGUGGACGACGGCGACUCCAAGAUCCAGAACCAGCUGAAGAAACUGCAGAGUCCUGUCAUUCUGCUCUACUGCACAAAGGAGGAGGCCUCCACUAUCUUUGAAGUGGCUCAUUCUGUUGGCCUCACCGGCUACGGCUUCACCUGGAUCGUCCCCUCGCUGGUGGCCGGAGAUGCAGACCAUGUUCCCUCUGUAUUUCCUACAGGGCUUAUCUCGGUGUCUUAUGACGAGUGGGACUACAACAUUGAGGCCAGGGUCCGUGAUGCAGUGGCUGUUAUUGCCACGGCGACCUCAACCAUGAUGCUGGACCGGGGGCCGCACACGUUGCUGAAGUCGAGCUGCCUGGGGACACCUGAUAAAAAGGGCUCCAGCACGGGCCACUCCAAGGAAAUACUGAAGUACCUCAUGAAUGUCACGUUUGAAGGCAGAAACCUGUCGUUUAGCGAAGAGGGUCACCAGAUGUUCCCAAAACUGGUCAUCAUUCUCCUGGACAAGGACCGACAAUGGGACCGGGUUGGCAAGUGGGAGAGGGGCUCUUUGACGAUGAGGUACCAUGUGUGGCCUCGCUUUGAGCUGUACACUGGAGUGGAGGAGCGGGAGGACCACCUGUCCAUCGUGACUCUGGAGGAGGCGCCAUUUGUCAUCGUGGAGGAUGUUGACCCGCUCAGUGGGACCUGCAUGAGGAACACUGUGCCGUGCCGCAAACAGCUGAAACUCAGCAACCAGACAGGUGAUUCGGGGAUUUACAUCAAGCGCUGCUGCAAAGGUUUCUGCAUUGACAUCCUGAAGAAGAUCGCCAAAGCUGUUAAGUUCACGUACGACCUCUACCUGGUCACCAACGGCAAACACGGCAAGAAGGUUAACGGCACCUGGAACGGCAUGGUGGGAGAGGUGGUGUUGAAGAAUGCCCACAUGGCGGUGGGUUCGCUCACCAUCAACGAGGAGAGGUCGGAGGUCAUCGACUUCUCGGUGCCGUUUAUCGAGACGGGGAUCAGUGUCAUGGUCUCCCGUAGCAACGGCACCGUCUCCCCCUCCGCCUUUCUCGAGCCCUUCAGUGCUGAUGUGUGGGUGAUGAUGUUUGUGAUGCUGCUGCUGGUGUCGGCCAUAGCUGUGUUUGUGUUUGAGUACUUCAGCCCGGUGGGUUACAAUCGCUGUCUGGCAGACGGACGAGAGCCCGGAGGUCCCUCCUUUACCAUCGGUAAGGCCAUCUGGCUGCUCUGGGGUCUGGUUUUCAACAACUCCGUCCCUGUGCAGAAUCCCAAAGGCACCACCAGUAAGAUCAUGGUGUCGGUGUGGGCCUUCUUUGCUGUCAUCUUCCUGGCCUCCUACACUGCCAACCUGGCAGCCUUCAUGAUCCAGGAGGAGUAUGUCGACCAGGUGUCGGGCCUGUCGGACAAAAAGUUCCAGAAUCCCAAUGAAUUCUCGCCGCCGUUCCGGUUUGGCACGGUGCCCAAUGGGAGCACAGAGCGCAACAUCCGCAACAACUACCGGGACAUGCAUACCUACAUGACCAGUUUCCACCAGAAGAAUGUAGACGAAGCGCUGUACAGUCUGAAGUCCGGCAAACUGGAUGCCUUCAUCUAUGACGCUGCGGUGCUGAACUACAUGGCGGGUAGAGACGAGGGCUGUAAGCUGGUCACCAUUGGGAGCGGCAAGGUGUUCGCCUCCACGGGCUACGGCAUCGCCAUCCAGAAGGACUCGGGCUGGAAACGAGCCGUGGAUCUUGCCAUUCUCAUGCUGUUUGGAGACGGUGAUAUGGAGGAGUUUGAGGCCCUGUGGCUGACGGGCAUCUGCCACAACGAGAAGAACGAGGUGAUGAGCAGCCAGCUGGACGUGGACAACAUGGCAGGGGUCUUCUACAUGCUCGCGGCCGCCAUGGUCCUGUCAUUGCUUACCUUCAUCUGCGAGCAUUUGUUCUACUGGCAGCUGCGCUUCUGCUUCAUGGGCGUGUGCGACGGGACGCCCGGGUUCACCUUCUCCAUUAGCAGAGGUAUCUACAGCUGCAUCCACGGGGUACAAAUCGAGGAAAACAAGUCGUCCAUAGACUCACCUUCGGCCACCAUGAAGAAGAACAUGAACAACACCCAUUCCAACAUCCUGCGGUUGCUCCGCACUGCAAAGGACAUGACCGCUGUCCCGGGCAUUAACGGCUCUCCGCAUGCCGCCCUGGAGUACAGCCACAGUGGUCGAGAGCCAACUCUCUAUGAUAUCCAGGAGCACCGGCGCAGCCUGGUGGGUCACCCUGUAGACUGCAAGUCAGCGCCGCCUUACAAGCCAGAGGACAACAUGUUCAGUGACUACAUCAGCGAGGUGGAGAGGACUUUUGGCAACUUGCCCCUGAAGGACAGCAACCUGUACCAGGACCAUUACCUGCACCACCACCCGGCCUCGGCUCUGGGUAUGUCCGGCCCCCCGCCUAAUAGGCCGCGUAGUUUAGGCAGCGCUAGCUCGUUGGAUGGGGGCAUGUUUGAUUGCGACAGUUUAGGGGGAGGGGUAGCACCUAUCUUUACCACCCAGCCCCGGCCCUCCAUGACUCACAGGAAUACAAAUAAAUUUGACCUGAUCGCUGGCCACACCCCUGCGGAUUCCAGCCAGGUUGGGUUCACGGGGAGCAAUGUAUACGGCAGGUUUUCUUUCAAAGGAGGCGCAUCCAGCACAGGGCUCAUCGGGGGUCAUGAAAGGUACUGUGGUGGGGGUGGGGCAGGCUCAGGGGGUGACGAUGGGAACAUUCGUUCUGACGCAUCGGAUAUCUCCACGCAUACUGUCACCUACGGCAACCUGGAGGGCAACAACAAGCGGCGUAAGCAGUACAGGGACAGCCUGAAAAAGAGGCCAGCUUCAGCCAAGUGCAGACGGGAGCAGGACGAGAUAGAACUGAGCGCCUACAGGAGGAGACCCCACCACCACACCGUCCACCACCACUUCCCUCACGGUCCCCUGGCACACCGCACGGUCUCACCUCCCCUGGAGCGGAAGAGGGGAGGAGGAGGGGGUAAUUCUUCACCUUACGUAUUCCGCAAAGAGAAAGAGAACCUGAGGGAAUUCUAUGCGGACCAGUUCCGCUCCAAGGAGGGCAAGGCCAAGUGGGAGCAAGAGGGAGGAAGUGGAGGAAGCGGUGUGGGCGGCGGUAGUGGUGGAGGUAUCUGUAAAAGCUUAGUGCCUGUGGAAGACUUCCUCAAAGGUAAAGGCAAGAAGGGUAUAUCUGGCGUAGGAGGGGGGGGCAUAGCAGGGGGUGACUGGGACUGUCGUAACUGCCACAGUGUAUGUCACCAGGGUGGUGGUGUCGGAGGAGGCGGCACGUGCCAAGCUAGCGCAGUUGGGGGCAGUAGCAGUCGCCCCAGCUCCGCUACCAGCAAACGCGGUGACUCCUGUAAGGUGCAGCCGAGCAACCUUUACAACAUCAGUGAGGAUAACAUGGUGUUCCCCGGAGAGAAGAGUAGAGCGGGACCCAGCCAAACUCAGGCACAGCGCAGGAAGCUAGGGCCGGGUGGGAGGGUGUUACGAAGACAACACUCAUAUGACACAGUCGUGGACCUUCAGAGGGAGGGGGCAGGCCGCAUGGGAGGGGCUGGUGGGGGUAGUGGGGGACAGUUUCCCCAGCCCCGAAGUGUGAGCUUAAAAGACAAAGACCGCUUCAUGGAGGGCCCCAGCCCUUAUGCCCACAUGUUUGAGAGGUACUCCGGUGACAGGGAGUCUCCCAUGUUUGGAGGAAUAGGUGGGGAUAGGGCGAAGGGAGGCUCCUCGUUCAGUCUGUUCCGUGGAAGCGAAGGUGGGUUGCAUCGGCGGUCGGUGGGGGAGAGAGACCAAAGGGACAGAGAUAGAGCAAUGAUGGGAAGUGGGGGCUGUGGUGGUGGUGGUGGUGGUGGUGGUAGCAGAGGGGCUGGGACUUACUCCUUGUCUAAAUCUCUCUACCCAGAUAAGGUGAACCAGAACCCCUUCAUCCCAACCUUCGGCGAUGACCAGUGUCUAUUACACGGUGGCAAACCGUACUACGUCAAAAAGCCACAGACGCAGCCACAGCAGCAGCAGCAGCAACUUCUCAACAACAGCCGAGGAGGAGCAGGGGACUUCCGCGGCUCCAUGGGAGCAGGGGACUUCCACGGCUCUAUGGGAGCGGCUUCCUAUUUGCCUGCAUCCGCCACAGCUGGGGUGAUGUCCAAUGUGGCCCCCAGGUUCCCCAAAGAGCUGUGUCUGAGCGGGGUGGGAGGGCCCAUGGGGAACCACCACGGGGCCAGCAAAGUACUGCCUGCGGGCCGGGACACAUUAGGUUUGGGGCCGGGACAGAGAACCUUCAAUGGUGCCAGCAAUGGACACGUUUAUGAAAAGCUCUCCAGCAUUGAGUCAGACGUCUGAGGGAAAAGACCAAGAAAGAAAGAGAGAGAGAAAGAAGAAGUUGGUGAGGGAAAAGGAGGAGGAUGGAGAGAAACAUACAGAAGCGAAAAAAAUGAAACAGCUCAGGCGGAUGACCUCUCUGUGUGAAGAGAAGGAGGAGACACGAUACUGUGUGUUGUUGUCACUCCCCUAAACGGAAAGAAUUUGGACGAUGCACAGAGGCCACUACAGGCUAAGAUGUCGUGAAGUCCGCCUGGAGACGAGUUUUUAAUGGGAAGAGAAGAUUCUGGUGGUGCUACGACGCUCAGAGAAAGAUAUGGGUGGAGGGAGGGGAAAAACAGGAAAUAGAAUUUCCAGUCUCUUCACAUGCUCAUCGUCUUUCCCUCCCUCCUGCGGUUCCUUAACACAAACAGAAAUACAAUCAUGAAUGAGAAAUCAACGCUUCUGUUGAAGUAACAGGGUAAACUAAUAAUAAUUGUAUUGAUAAUGUUGAUAAUAUUAUUGAAUAUUAUUCUAGUGUUUACUGAUGAUUGGUUUGGAUUGUUUUUAAGUUUAAUUCAUUUAUUUAAAUGGUUCAUGUUACAUAUUUGUACGAUGUUGAUUCUUUCUUAGCCUUCCAACAUUACAGGACACUGGUCAGUACAGAUCUUUUUGAGGUUCCUGUAAUUUGGACUAUUUUGGAUUCUUUGCUAUUUAUUCUUCAUGUUUGAUCUUUUUUUUUUCAACUUUUCUUAUUUUUGAGUGCUGUGACGUGUAUGUAAAAGGCAUGACUCGCUGAGUACAUUCAAUGUACUUUUGAUUUCUUUUCCAAAGCAGGUUUUUCUUUCAGCUGCAGAAACAACAUCAUCAUACUGAUUUGCCAUUUGCUCUCAUUUUUCUGCUUGGCAGUAGCAAAUGGGUCUCGCAUUUUGAGCUGGAUGUGCCUUAAAGGAUCAAUUCUGAUUUUCUACACUUAAGAUCUCGUCUGUUGGUCGGCAGAUGCACUUACAAACAAUUAGUCAAUUGGUUUGAGUGAAGAGAUAACUGAAACAAUCUGAGAUGAGAGUAGAGCUUCACGAGUGUCAUUUAUCAUGCUGUUCCAGAUAUUACAGGGAAGUAAAACACAGACUGUGUUUCGAGGAGCAGUCGAGGAAGUUUCAUUUCCUACAUUGACCCCCAACUGUAAAAGUUAACAACAGCAGGAUUACAAGGGUUAAAACCACAGUGCCAUAAUAAAUAAACAUUCCUGUUCCCCCCAAAAAAGUCAGGUGCGACAGAGCCUGCUGCUGUAUGUGAGGAAAUUAUGCUUUAGAAUUAAAAUGUAAACGCUUCUAUUUCUUGUACUAUUAACUCCAGAUUAUCUAAUCGCAAGACAAUUUCCUUUAAACCAUUUACGAUUCAAGUUCAACAAGCUUUAUCACUCCUCACCUCAUCAGAGCAGAUGAUCCAGGACCCGAGUAUCCAUUAAAUACAAGCACAUCAUAUUAAAUGUUUUCAACGGGCCUCACUCUAUUGACCGUGUGCUGUUCAGGACCUGGAAAUCUGAGGGACCACACCAGCACACAGCCCUGAAUCAUCACAUCAUCGUGUCAUCUUGCAAUUCAUCACAAUUUAUUGAACUCCCCUUUACUGUGCGUUGUGUCAUUUCUUUAUUCCUCUUUACAAAAAGAAAUGUGUUCUCACCAUACAGCUGCCGAGUAGUGUCCCUCUGCAGUGUAAAGGAGCAGUGCACCAAUUUGGGAAUAAGCUUAUGAGCUGUUCUAUCUGUGAAAUGAUCUCUGUAAACAGAUUCUGCAUGUGAAUAAAGAAUCUGCAGGUGAGGGACAGGAUGUUGGGGCCUUAAAGCCUUCUGGUUUCUGUUUCUAGUUUGACCAAUCACGUUUGGCCCGAAGGUAACCAGCCCGUGUGGAGAGCAAAGAA